CCGGCCUGUUGCGGGCCUACCGGAAAUCGUCGGGGAUUUCUCCCAUCCUUGAGCCCGUCCGUGGGCGGGCCUCACGCCCGUUGCGGGCGGCCUCGGUUGUCUGAGGACGGCGAUCUGGUGUGGUGAGGGCGGCGGGCGCAGCCAUGCCCCAGUAUUACGAGGACAAGCCGGAGGGCGGCCCGUGCGCGGGCGUGAAGGAGGACCUGGGUGCGUGUCUGCUGCAGUCGGCCUGUGUGCUCCAGGAAGGAAAAUCCCCACGGCAAUGUUUAAAAGAAGGCCACUGCAGAGCUUUGCAGUAUUCAUUUUUUGAGUGUAAAAGAUCAAUGUUGGAUACCAGAUCAAGAUUCAGAGGAAGAAAAGGAUAUUGAUAACAUUAUGUUGAAAGCAAGAUGAAAAUCACCCAGGAUUCCUUUGGUCCUUCACAGAAAAGAACCAAAAUAGGAAGCACAAUAGCUGCUCGACUUCUGGGCCCUGCUAACGACACUAGAGAAAAUGCAUAAACGUUGUGUCUGAGUGACUCUGUUGUGUGAAGUCAUUUCUAGAAGAUACAUGGGAAUCAACAGCUAUGGGCUAAGCAUAAGAACUUCCUGUGUUUUGGGAGUUGCCCAACGGAAAGGUCAUGUUCAAGGGUGACUCUCCAGUCGGAUCACACAGUGCGCACCCCGGAGGCCACAGUGUGAUGAACAGGACCCAGAAGCUGUUGUCAGGGCUCUUCCAACUCCUGCUUCUGCUUCUUGGUUUUAAUUUUAGGCCGCCCUCUCCUCAUAAAGGGGUCAUAUCGGGCCGAGUCCACAUGUGCAAGAUCUGUGGCCCCACAAGCCGCAGCCUGCUGAAGGACUCGGGUCUUUCCGGGGUCAUGUGCCCCUGUCCCAGCCUCUGUGAUCUUGGCUAGGUCCUGGUCUCAUGUACCGUGCCCACUCCACUCACAUCACACUGCACGGGCCUCAUCCCAUCCCUGAACAAGAGGAUUUGCAGGAAAUGGAAACAGCAGAUGACCGCUCUAGAUAGCAAAUGUCACUGAGGCAAAAUGGUUGGAAAUGUUUAGAAUCAUUAUUUUGAUCACUUAACACAGUAGGGAGCCAUCAGGAAAGGAAGUUUCCACUUUGUUUUUGGCAUUAGACAGUGGGAGUCACCACAGCUUCCUUAUCGUUCUGUGGUUCACUGGGGCUAAUGCAGUGAGGGGUGUGCAGUUACCUGGCUGUUUUAAAGUUGUGAAGCUCUGAGGAUUCCCUAGGAUAUCACCUUGGCCUAUCCUGUGUCCUGCCUCCAUUGGGAGUGUGAAAGUGUGCGUCCUUCAGUCCUUCCGCUGAUGUACCAAACUUGGUGCGUGUCUGCACUGUGGAGGAUCAUGCUACCUCAUGCUAGGAAGCUACCGCUGACCACACCUUCUACAAGUACUUCCGUUUUAACUGAAAGUAAUUCUGAUAAGAGACUGUAAAAUGUGUUUGUAGAAAACGCCUCUGUCUGUUUGGAGAUAGCUCUGUGGAGAAAUUGACAUCUCAAAACUGAACUUUGUAUUCUAUAAUCCUGUGAUUUUAGAAUACUCACAGCCAUGCAGCAGUCACCACUGCCCCUUCCAGAACACUUACCGUCACGCCAGCAGACUCACACUCAUGAGCAGUGCGUUCUUGGUCUCUCUAUUCUGGAUCUGUCAGGUCGAGGUAUAUAGCGUGGCUUUUCUGAGUUCUGUCGCCAAGGUUUAAAGGUUUGUGCAUAUGUAGCCAGUCUGUAACUCGCUGCUAAACAGCGUCCAGUAGCCGGCACAUGCCAUGUCUCCAUCAUCGGCUGAUGAGCUCUGAGCUGUUUCUAUGUGGGGCUUUUGACUAAUGUGAACAUUUGUGAAAAACUUCAGUGUGUUUCACUUAAUGCAGGCCUUAGCGUGGAAUCACAGGGUCGUGGGACAGCCCCAAUGGAUCAUUUCCUACAGUGGUUUUUGCCACCAUUCCUCCCCUUCCUGGGGUCCAGGCGCCAGAUCCACAGUGCAGCACUGUGGCAGGCACCUUGCUUUGGGGGAAGAGGCAUCUGACUGGGACCUGGACUUGGCUUCUCUCUGUCUGAAAACCUGAGCAUGCUGUCAUAUGCUCACUGGCCUUAGUAUGUUGCCUUUGCAGCAAUGUUUCAGUCUCCGGUCUGGUUUUCAUCUAGGUUAUCUUUUAAUUUUCCCUUAAGAUUUUUUACAAUUGUUGAUACUAGUCUUUUAAAGUGGCAUUUUUCUUUUUCCCUCAACUUCUGGUUUUCCCUUUUCAAUGUCUUGCUUUUUAUUUUUAUAUGUUGCCUUUUUGUGUUUUUGAGACCUGGUCUUGGCCCAGACUAGCCUGGAACUCCCAGCGCAGUCUUGAACGUACAGCUAGCAGUUGACUGCUUGACUUUCCAAAAGGCAGAAGCCGCCAUGCUUGGCUUGAAGAGCAGUUUUAAUACUGGAAAAUAACAAUCUUUUUUUCUUUUUCAGUGUGCCCUAAGAAACCAUUCCUAACCCAAACUUACAGAAACUUACUCUUCUAUCUUCAUUGAAGAGUUUUUAAACUUUACCUCUUACUGUAGGCCUGUGCUUGCUUUCAAAAUAAUUUCAUACACCUUUAUUCGUAGCCAUGUUUAAAAUCUAUUAACUAGAAUAAUAAACAGCAUCGUACAGUAGAUAGCUCUGCAGUGUUGCGUGCAGUCAGCCUGCAGCCCAGUUCUUCAUCUUCCACAAAGUAAAGUGUGCACAUCAAGUAACUCCCAGCCACUGUCGGGUCGUCAUCCCUCCCUACCCUGUCCUUGGCGUGCUCUCCUCGGCUCCAUUUCCUGUUUCCAAACUUGAUUACCUAAGUGCCUAGUAUAGAUGGAAUCUUAAUGUGUUUGCUUGUUUCUUUCUUUGAGGGAUGGGAUGGGGAUUGGCUUGUUGCGUAUCAGAGUUCCCUUCCUUUGGAAGGCCCAGUAGUACUUCCAUGUCUGUGUGUGUGUGCGUGUGCAUGCGUGUGUGUGUACCCUGUCUUGUUACCUACUUACCCAGCAGUGGAUACCUCAGUUGUUUCCACUUCUGAGCUCCUGACUACGCUGUGAACAUGUCUCUGUGUGUGUGUGCGUGUGCAUGCGUGUGUGUGUACACUGUCUUGUUACCUACUUACCCAGCAGUGGAUACCUCAGUUGUUUCCACUUCUGAGCUCCUGACUACGCUGUGAACAUGUAUAUACAAAUACCACUGGUCCCUGCUUUCAGUUUUAGCAUACACCCAGCAGAUUGUCUGUGCUGUGCCGUAAUUACAUUUUUAUUUUGAGGCACUGCCAUAGUUCCCACAGUAGCCACACUUUUAUGUUUCUGUCAGCAGUGCACAAAGAUUGUAACAUGUCCUUGUCACUGUAGUUGUUAGUUUUUAGUGGCCAUUGUAAUGGGUGUGAACAUUGACCAGUGGGUCUGCUUUAUAGUUUCCUGAUUAGUGAUAUCACCUGUUCUCUACGCCUGUAAGUAGUGUAUGAAUAACUUUUUAGGUCCUCUGCCUAUUAAUAGUGGGCUGUUGGCUCUGGGUGAGUUUUUGGUAGUCAUAUCCACAAAAAACAUUGUCUCACCCAGGGGAGCUAAUUAUAGCUUGCUGUGGGGAAUUUUAGUUUUAGCUCUUAGCUUUGCUCUUUGAUCCAUUUUGAGUUAAUCUUUGUGUGUGAUGAAAGGGUCUGACUUUUAUUCUUCGCAUGUGGAAAACAUACUCAGCUCCAGUAUCUUUUUUGGCUUCUGUCUCUCUUGUCACUGUUUUGAUUACUGGAGCAUUAUAAUAAAAUACGAAAUCAGAAAAUGA